AUGGAGUCAUCAUCAAUACCAGAGGAGACAACAACACCACCACCUGCUCGUUUCAACUUUCAACACUUUGACCAAGAAUCCGACUUUGGUAUCGAGAAUGAGAAUGGGGAGCGAGUCCGUAAACGCAAACGACCAGGACGAAAGCCCAAUCCACCGAGCAUUCAAGAACGACGAGCACAGAAUCGAGCAGCACAACGGGCAUUUCGUGAGCGAGAGCAACAAAGACGACAAGAGAAGGAGCGAGAAUCACAAAGACAUGUUGAAGAACUUGCUUAUUUACGGCGACGACUUGCCGAAGUGCAAUAUGAAGCCAAUUAUCUACGUGGAUGUGUGUUACUCCUUUCGUUGACGAGUCUUGUUGAACGUGGCUCAGUACCACACAUUUGGACGGAUACUCGAUUAUUCCCUCUUCCUUGGGCUGAUACGCCACCGCCACAGCCUGUGGAUGACAUUCAUACGGUGCCUGCUAUCCUCAAUACUGUUCUCGGCAAAGAUAGCAACAUUCUUCAGUUUCAAGAAGCGCUGGUCGCAGCUCGAUGCACUGGAUGGGAAUUGCCUGAUCAAAUUGCUGAAGUAUUGAACAACUUUGAACCACACGCUCCCAGUAAUGAUCAUGAUGAUACAACUACUCCUACUGAACCUGCCAUUUCAUUAUCUUUAUCUUCUGCUGCACCCAAUGUCCCUCCUCCUACAACAUCCUCUUCUUCCUCUUCCUCUUCUUCUUCUUCUUCAACAACACCACCACCACCAUCUUCAUCAUCUCCUUCAACAAAUGAACCCAAAAAUCAGAAUCCACAAGAUGAAUCUAUUCAAGAUUUACCCGUUCCUUCAGCAGGCCCUGAAUCUAUGGUUAGCUCAUUCACUGCUACAAAACCAGUUGUUGGCACCGUACACAAUUCUCCAACCCUGAAAACACCAAGCGACCUCGCCCAUAUGCCAUCUCUUCAGGCACUUCAUAUAUUGCGCUUGCAAUUAAAAUGCUCAAGUAUCCUAGGCGACAAGACAAGAUUUGCAUUCACACCCACUGCAUUACAACGACUGAUUCCUCACGACGUACGCAUCGACUAUAUCCCAUUAGCCUCAUUACGUGAUCGCAUGAUUCUAUUCCAAGGACUCUAUGAUGCUGAUGAAUGCUUCGAACUCUUAUCAACCAAGACCAUGUUUAUCGGUGGAGAAGAACGUGAUAGUAGGAAUUGGGUAUUGCAUCCAUCCUUUUCAGAAAAGUAUUGGUUCCUAUCGCAUCAAUUGGUGGAUCAUCAUUCGGGUGAAUGUGGCCUGAUUCCUGAAAUCAUCGAGACAAUCCUAGCAGCUCAACGCCAAAAGGAGGAGAAACUCAAAAAGCUUAAAGAGCAAAACGUGGAUAAGGAGGGAGAUGAGCAGCAUCAGCCAUCACACACCAUGCCAGCAAAUAGCGACAAUUCCGAACCUUUGCCAUCGAUUACACGUGAAGGAGGUUAUAGGUUACGUUCACCUAGCAUAUUCAAAAUACAUAACAUUUCAUAG